CUCUCCUCUCCUCUCCUCUCUCAACAACUCCUAUUCUACUGUUGAAUGAAGACUGACUAUAAAUUCAGUCAUUGUCUGGCUGACCAAGCUCCGACGACUCUCAGUCGUCUCACCGCCGGAUCGGAGAGAGCUGAGCUGCCGCCGUUGCCUCCACUCAUAAACAUUUUGCUAUUUCUGUAAGCCUUUUCAUUUUUCAGAAAAUCGAAUAUUCUCUCUGUAAUUAGCAUGUUAGGUGGGAGACUUGGUCUCUGAAAAUUUUCCGGUUGUGUUUCUUGCCGGAAUUUGAAUGCCCAUACGGUAAUUCGUAGCGAUUUUCAGGUAUAUAUAGGAUACUGAUUGAUUAUGCAUUCAUGGUUUGUGGGAGAGAGUAUUUGGGCGUUUUGGCACCGGGUGUUUCCGGCAGUGCGGAUAAGAAACAGGAAAACCGGACGUUUUCGGUUUUCAGCUGAAGUUAUCUGAUUAGAAGGAGACCAGGAGAGUGUUAAUAGAAAGAUUAAUGUAAGAGACAAGUCAAAAGAGACUUCGAUUUUUUGUGAAUUGUAGGGGUUCAAUCAAAGAUGAAAUUUGGAGGGGGAUUUUUUUAUUCCCCGGGAUGACGAUUUAUGGGUCAUGGAUUCUUGGGUUCCAGUGACUCCAGCGAAGCCUCAUCCGGUCCCAGUCAACCUUUAUGGGAACCUCCAUCAAGGAGGAAAUUGGCAACAACAAUUGACUGGAAUUACGAGGGAGCAUGUACCGGUGGGGGCUAGUUACAAUGGCAUGGCUCAAGCUGUUAGCCCGAAUGGUCAGCUACAUAGAUGUGGUUAUGAUGGUAGUCUGGGGGAGAACAUUCAAAUGAUCAAUCACAUUUCGGACUCCUACAAUGCAGGAUCCUUCACACAGUUGCUCUCUGAUGAAGGCUCAAGUUGGAAAGAUAAUCCAUUGACACAACAGCUGUUACAUGAUAAUGCUGCUUAUAUUGCCACUGCAAACAGGCCCCCGAGCAGAAGUGUGGGCAUAGCAGCAAACACACCUCUAAUUCCUAAGUUGCAUCCUCAAUUGAGAAACCAAGGCAUUGACUCGGAUGGUUUCUUGCUAACCAACCAAAAUUUCAACAAUGGUUCAUAUCCUUCAGGUGGCAUGGACAUAGCAGCGAACACACAUCUAUAUCCCAAGUUGCAUCCUCAAUUGAGAAACCAAGGAAUCGAUUCGGGUAGUUUCUUGCUAACCAAUCUAAAUUGCAACAAUUUUUCAUAUCCUUCAAGUAAGGUGAUGAGCACAUCGUUGGUUAUGGAUUUUCCUUCUCAAGUUGACAACAGUCCGAGAGAUUCCAACUCAGUUCAUUGGUUAUUUGGCGACCAAAAUUACUGCUCAAGUUCCAAUUCAAACCCAUUGAGUUAUGGUGACAGCUCGUCCCAGAUGUGCCAGAAUGAUUUCCCUGUACCAUUCAUGUCAAGCUGUGAUCUAAACUCCUUACCAACAAUAGAAGCUGAUGCUGCCUCAUGUGUUGCUAGCCAACACCAAUUCACAACAGACCAGGAGAAGAAUUUGGAGAAUGACCAGCCUUCUGCAUUACUGAAAUUCUUGAUGAAGGAAGGUUCUAGCAAGGAAAAAGACGAGCAGGUGAAACUAACCAUGUCUAUAGGAGAUGAAGCAACAACAACAACAACAACAAAGCCUUUUCCCACUAAGUGGGGUCGGCUAUAUGAAUCCUAGAACAUCAUUGAGCUCGGUUUUGUGUCAUGUUCUCCGUUAGAUCCAAGUACUC